AUGGCUAGUGCUACGCACCGCAAGCGCGCACCACGGCCGUCCCGGGAGCACGAGGCACCGACGGCUCCCUUCACGGGACCACACGCUGUGGACGGCGAGCCCGGCAUCUUCGGCGUCCGUGAUUGGCAGUUCUUCCAGGUGCUUGCCACAUUGGGAACACUGGACAUUUUGGAAGAGGAGAACCAUAUUAAAGAUGUUUUGUCUCGAAUUGUAGUAGAAAUGAUCAAGCGGGAGUGGCCACAGCACUGGCCUGAUAUGCUAAUAGAAUUGGAUACUCUUUCUAAACAAGGGGAAACACAGACAGAAUUAGUGAUGUUCAUCCUUUUACGACUGGCAGAGGAUGUAGUGACCUUUCAAACCCUACCCCCUCAAAGAAGAAGGGAUAUCCAACAAACGUUAACCCAGAACAUGGAAAGAAUAUUUAGUUUUCUACUUAACACGCUUCAAGAAAAUGUAAACAAGUACCGACAAGUGAAGACAGAUAAUUCUCAGGAAUCAAAGGCCCAAGCGAACUGUCGAGUAGGAAUUGCAGCACUGAAUACUCUAGCAGGCUACAUUGACUGGGUGUCCAUGAGCCAUAUUACUGCUGAAAACUGUAAGCUCUUAGAGAUGCUCUGCCUGCUUCUGAAUGAACAGGAACUUCAGUUGGGAGCAGCUGAGUGUCUUCUCAUUGCAGUCAGCAGAAAAGGCAAGCUGGAAGACCGGAAGCCCUUGAUGGUCUUAUUUGGGGAUGUUGCUAUGCAUUAUAUACUCUCUGCUGCACAGACUGCUGAUGGAGGAGGCUUGGUAGAAAAACACUAUGUCUUCCUGAAGAGACUCUGUCAGGUCUUAUGUGCUCUGGGCAAUCAGCUCUGUGCAUUGCUGGGUGUGGAUUCUGAUGUAGAAACACCAGCAAACUUUGGAAAAUACCUGGAAUCUUUUCUUGCUUUCACAACCCAUCCAAGUCAGUUUCUGCGCUCUUCAACUCAAAUGACUUGGGGGGCACUUUUCCGUCAUGAGAUCCUAUCCCGUGACCCUUUGCUGUUAGCAAUAAUACCAAAAUAUCUUCGUGCUUCUAUGACUAACUUGGUCAAGAUGGGCUUUCCUUCUAAAACAGACAGCCCUAGCUGUGAAUAUUCUCGAUUUGAUUUUGAUAGUGAUGAGGACUUCAAUGCUUUCUUCAACUCCUCCCGGGCCCAGCAAGGAGAGGUAAUGAGGUUAGCGUGUCGUCUGGAUCCAAAGACUAGUUUCCAGAUGGCUGGGGAGUGGCUGAAGUAUCAGCUGUCAAUUUCUGUUGAUCCUGGAUCCAUGAACUCUGGAACUGGCGAAGGCAGCCUCUGCUCCAUCUUCUCGUCUUCAUUUGUGCAGUGGGAAGCCAUGACCUUUUUUUUGGAAAGUGUAAUCAACCAGAUGUUUCGGACACUAGAUAAAGACGCACUUCCUGUUAAUGAUGGAAUAGAGCUGUUGCAAAUGGUCCUGAACUUUGACACCAAGGAUCCUCUCAUCCUGUCCUGUGUCCUCACUAAUGUCUCUGCACUCUUUCCAUUUGUCACCUACAGACCAGAGUUCCUGCCCCAGGUCUUCUCUAAGCUAUUUUCAUCUGUCACUUUUGAAACUGUUGAAGAAAGUAAGGCCCCCAGAACCCGGGCAGUGAGGAAUGUGAGGAGACAUGCUUGUUCUUCCAUCAUCAAGACAUGUCGUGACUACCCCCAGCUCGUACUGCCCAAUUUUGACAUGCUUUAUAACCAUGUGAAGCAGCUCCUCUCCAAUGAGUUACUCUUGACACAAAUGGAGAAGUGUGCCCUCAUGGAAGCCCUGGUUCUCAUUAGCAACCAAUUCAAGAACUACGAGCGUCAGAAGGUGUUCCUAGAGGAGCUGAUGGCACCAGUGGCCAGCAUCUGGCUUUCUGAAGACAUGCACAGAGUGCUGUCAGAUGUUGAUGCUUUUAUUGCCUAUGUGGGAGCUGAUCGCAAGAGCUGUGACCCAGGCCUGGAGGAUCCCUGUGGCUUAAACCGUGCACGAAUGAGCUUUUGUGUAUAUAGUAUUCUGGGUGUUGUGAAGCGAACUUGCUGGCCCACUGACCUAGAAGAGGCCAAAGCUGGGGGAUUUGUCGUGGGUUAUACACCCAGUGGCAAUCCAAUCUUCCGUAACCCUUGCACAGAACAGAUUCUGAAACUUCUUGACAAUUUGCUUGCCCUUAUAAGAACUCACAAUACUUUAUAUGCACCAGAAAUGCUAGCAAAGAUGGCAGAGCCUUUCACAAAGGCUCUGGAUAUGCUUGAAGCGGAAAAAUCUGCUAUUUUGGGAUUACCUCAGCCCCUCUUGGAACUGAAUGACUCUCCUGUCUACAAAACGGUCUUGGAAAGAAUGCAGCGUUUCUUCUGCACCCUCUAUGAAAACUGUUUCCAUAUCCUAGGGAAGGCAGGUCCUUCCAUGCAGCAGGACUUUUACACCGUGGAGCACCUUGCUACUCAGCUCCUCAGCUCGGCCUUUGUCAACUUGAACAAUAUUCCCGACUACCGACUCAGACCCAUGCUUCAUAUCCUUUCCAAACCUCUGGUGCUCUUCUGUCCCCCAGAGCACUAUGAAGCCCUGGUGUCUCCAAUCCUUGGACCUCUUUUCACCUACCUCCACAUGAGGCUUUCCCAAAAAUGGCACGUCAUCAACCAGAGGAGCCUGCUGUGUGGAGAAGAUGAGACCGCAGAUGAAAACCCAGAGUCUCAAGAGAUGUUAGAGGAACAACUGGUGAGGAUGUUAACCCGAGAAGUCAUGGACCUAAUCACGGUAUGCUGUGUUUCAAAGAAAGGUGCUGACCAUGGUACUGCUCCCCCUACAGAAGGAGAUGAUGAAGAGAUGAUGGCCACAGAGGUAGCCCCCUCAGCCAUGGCGGAGCUUACAGACCUGGGCAAAUGUCUAAUGAAGCAUGAGGAUGUUUGUACGGCGCUAUUAAUUACAGCCUUCAAUUCCCUUGCUUGGAAGGAUACUCUGUCCUGUCAGAGGACGACCACACAGCUCUGCUGGCCUCUGCUCAAACAAGUGCUGUCGGGGACACUGCUCGCAGAUGCCGUUACAUGGCUUUUCACCAGCGUGCUGAAGGGCUUACAGACACACGGGCAGCACGACGGCUGCAUGGCUUCCCUGGUCCACCUGGCCUUCCAGAUAUACGAGGCACUGCGUCCUAGGUACCUGGAGAUAAGAGCUGUGAUGGAGCAGAUCCCAGACAUACAGAAGGACUCUCUGGACCAGUUUGACUGCAAGCUGUUGAACCCCUCUCUGCAGAAAGUGGCGGACAAGCGCCGGAAGGACCAAUUCAAACGCCUCAUUGCUGGCUGCAUCGGGAAACCCUUAGGAGAACAGUUCCGCAAAGAAGUCCACAUUAAGAAUCUUCCCUCACUUUUCAAAAAAACAAAGCCAAUGCUGGAGACGGAGGUGCUGGACAACGAGGAGGGCGGCCUGGCCACCAUCUUUGAACCCUGA